CGGUUAAACUGGUAGUUAUGUAUGUACUGUGAAUCGAAGAAUCGUAAAGUUGACAUUUAUAACAUACAAUAGUCAUCUUCGUAGUAUGUAUAUAUUAAAAUGUUUUUCCGAUUUCUCUUUUAAACGGAUAUAUGGUGUACAUACAUUGUAUUGUUGCGCGCGAACAUACAUGAGCCACGUGUCCGUGACGUUAUCGUUGUCCUUUAAAUACAUGCGCGAUAUUGUUCGAACACGAUAAUUCUGAGAACAUUUUGAUAAAUUAGAAAGUAUUUCCGUAUUUUCAAUGGAAAUUGGAAUUUAUAAGGAAAGAAAUCGAUUGACAGUUAAAAAGAUCUUGAAUAUCUGAAAAACACGAUACACACGCGUGAAGAAGGUGCAUUAUUAUUAUAGAAAUGUGUGCCAUGUGACGUAUUGUUUCCGACGUUUAUAUUAUCUCUCGUCGUUAUUGCGACGAAUGAUGACAAUGACAGUGAAAUAAGGAAUUGCUGUUAUCGAUUAAUGAACAAGAUUCUGCUAAAAUGAGUAUUAUUUAAUGCUACCUGGCGUGUCAUAGUUUCCACAAAUUUCAUGGAAAUGUAAAUGAAGAUAGGGCAACAAAUAGUUUUCAAUGAUGCUGUAUCGUACGUUGCAUGAAUUUAAUGGAACAGCCGUUUUAUUGAAGAUUUUCAGAAAUUGUCUAGGAUGCUGGUCCACGAUAUGAAGAGUGAACGUAUCGUAUGUUGCACAAAAAAAAUGAUGCAAAUUCUCUUUCGUACAAAUGAAAUAUCUUUUAAGAACAGUAUAGAAUAUUGAGUUUGCUCGACUCGAAUGCAUGGAAGCAAGUAUCAAACUAUCGUAUAAACAAUGCGACUAAUACCUUUCGCACAAUUUCUUUUCAUUAUUGGGGUAUUGUUUUUUAUCGCUGAUUCGACCAUACAAUCCGACGAGUCUGAUCGCUUGGAUACUUUUAAACAAGAGAGAAACACAGAACUGGUGUCGGAACAAGACGAACCUCUCCUAAUAUUUUCCACAUUGGACGGUUCUCUUGUAGGUGUAGAACAACGCUCUGGGGAAAUACUUUGGCGACAGAGCGAUGAACCAGUUGUGAAGAUGCCGGUCCAUAUCUCGCGAGCUUCCAUGACACCAAUGUUUUUACCGGAUCCAAAGGAUGGUUCCUUGUAUAUAUUUGGUACGGAAACCGAAGCGUUGAAGAAAUUACCGUUCACUAUUCCUCAGCUCGUGGCGAACAGUCCCUGCCGUAGCAGCGACGGAAUAUUAUAUACAGGCAGGAAGGUAGACACGUGGUUCAGCGUGGAUCCACGAACUGGGCAAAGAGAGCAAUUACUAGGAUUCGACAAAGUUAAAAACACUUGUCCCGUCGAGAUGCAGGAUGGUGUUUUCGUGGGACGUACGGAGUACAACAUCAUCAUGAUAGAUGUGAAACGAAAAAAUAGAAAAUGGAACGUUACGUUUUACGACUAUUCUGCCGCUAAAAUGGAACCUGAAGGAAUAGAGAAUUAUGAUUUGGUUCAUUUUACAACGAGCUCAACUGGUCGCGUCGUUACCGUGGAUAAAAGAUUAGGAAUUGUUCUUUGGGAGUUGGAUGUACAGAGUCCGGUAAUAGCUGUGUAUAUAGUGAGAAAAGAUGGGUUGCUCACGGUUCCAUUUACCAGUGUUGCCGAUGGAACCAUGGAUCAUCUAUUGGAACGUUUUGCGAGUAAACCGAGCGACAUCAAGUUGUUUCCAACGUUGUACAUUGGCCAACAUAGGUACGGAUUAUAUGCGCUACCAUCGCUUGUUGAUUCUGCAACGGCUACGAUAUCGAGUAACAUCGAACAGUUACUGUUAGAGGGCCCAUUGUUGGUUUCACAGACGGGCAAGAAUGAUAAUGCGGUUCCUGUAUCCGGCAGCAGUCAUGCUGACGCGUACGGUGACGAUAAUGUUGAAGAGAGUGUCGCUCAGACAGGAUAUCGGACGGUGAUCGCGUUAGGACAUUACGAGAUACCAGCGGAAUAUAGACUGCAGAAUCAAGAACCGCUCCAGAUUACCGGUCGGUCCGAUCCUGUGAUCGAAACGUUACCGACCUCUUUACGGUACUCGAAUUCGACGAAGGAAUCGUUAUUGUCGCUGGAUUUGCAGACCGGUGACAGUGGACCCGGUAGAUCCAACGGUUUAGGAGAUACGAGUUGGCAUGAGAUUGCACGCCAGGCAUACGUUAGCAUCAGGAGUUGGUUUAAUCAGCAAGAAAACAAAGGACUGAAAUUGGCAUUAAUCGCGUUGGUGGGGUGCAUUUUGGUGAUGUUUUGGUAUUUAAAUGCACAAUUUAAAGAGUUUCAACAAUUCUCGCAGGGUUCGCGAGAAAGUAGUCGCACGAGUAACGAUUAUUAUCACGGGGUACGAUCGAGUGCGCUCACAGUGCCAGAGGACAUGGGCGAAGGAGUGGUAAAAGUUGGCAAGAUCACUUUCGAUACCGGCCAAGUAUUGGGGAAAGGAUGCGAAGGAACUUUUGUAUACAGAGGCGAGUUCGAUGGUCGUUCCGUAGCGGUGAAACGUUUGUUGCCAGAUUGUUUUACAUUCGCGGAUCGCGAAGUAGCACUGCUCAGAGAAUCAGAUGCACACGCGAACGUGGUACGGUACUUUUGUACCGAACAAGAUCGAAUGUUUCGAUAUAUUGCAUUGGAGUUGGCCGAGGCAACGUUGCAAGAUUACGUUGCGGGAAAAUAUGUUCGAGAAAAAAUAUCCGCGAAAAGCAUUCUACACCAGGCUACAUCCGGAUUAGCUCAUCUACAUUGCCUCGAUAUCGUGCAUAGGGACAUCAAGCCUCACAACGUGUUGUUAUCUGCGCCGGGGCCACGCGGAGAAGUUCGAGCGAUGAUAUCCGAUUUCGGAUUGUGCAAGAAACUCCAGCUGGGUCGUGUAUCCUUUUCGCGUAGAUCCGGUAUAACGGGUACAGACGGUUGGAUAGCGCCAGAAAUGUUGAAUGGGAACAGAACGACCUGUGCCGUAGAUAUUUUCUCUCUCGGCUGUGUUUUCUACUAUGUGCUCUCCGAUGGGAAACACCCGUUCGGAGAUCCGCUACGUCGACAAGCCAACAUUCUUUGCGGUGAGAGCGACUUGACGGCCCUCUGCGAAGAAAUUUCCGAAAGCGAUAGGCAACUUGCAUUGGUGCUGAUAAAGGCUAUGAUCGCCAAUGAUCCAGCGGAACGACCGCCGGUUGUAGCUGUCUACGAGCAUCCUAUAUUUUGGGAACCGUCGCGAAUAUUAGCGUUCUUUCAGGAUGUGAGCGACCGAGUAGAAAAGGAACAGAGCGACAGUCCAGCUUUAAUCGCGUUAGAAACCGGCAACCAUCGAGUAGUGCAGGGUGAUUGGAGAUUAUUUAUCGACGUGGAAGUUGCAACCGAUCUUCGAAGAUACAGAAGCUAUCGCGGAGAGAGCGUUCGUGAUCUUUUAAGAGCGUUGAGAAACAAGAAACAUCACUACAGAGAAUUGAGUCCAGCCGCUCAAGAGAACCUUGGGGAUAUUCCGGACAAAUUCACCGAUUACUGGCUUUCCAGAUUUCCCUGUUUAUUGUCGCACGUGUGGUGUGCCAUGCAAACGUUUCGCGAUGAACCAACUUUUCGAGACUACUACCACAUUGAUUACAAGUUUGUGAAUCACGUUUACAGCAUGGAAUCUGCGGGAGAUGCGACCGACGCUUACUCUGGCAAUUACGUGAUAACAACUGCUUCUUGGAGAGUUAGAGACGAUAACAUCGAUUGGAGUCCGAAUAGAACAAGAUAUCGUGGACAUCGUAGGAAACACGAGAAAAAGAAAAUCGAAGUACCGCUUGCUUGGACCGUACCGUCGUCGAGUUAACAAGCCUAGUUUCUUUCGUUAGACGAGCAAGAUUGGAAAGUUCUCGUUUCUUGUUGAUCGGAAUGGUACGGUACAGCGCAUGUAGCGUACACAGGCUGCGUCCUAAUCGCAUAGCGACAAAAACGGGCCGAUCGAUGAACACGACAAAAAGGAGACAAGGGAUAAUCUAUGAUCGUCGCGCGUCGUCAAUUUGGACGUCAUAAUUUGGACGCGUCAUAAUAAGAUGUGCUUUUCUUGUCGCGUUGGUUGGUCAGGUGGGCGAUAACGAUUUUUGUGUGCAACAUCUAAUUAGAACAUAGCGAUACACAUGUACACACGCAUUCUGGAACGUGUAUAGACUCACGAUCGGUCCGACGUCGUCCACAGUUACUCGAUCCAACACUCACUCGCUCACACCUUUGCCCGAAUAUCGAAUCAGUUUGUAAAAAGUACUAAAUGUAAUGUGCAGGAAGAUCAAGAUACAUACUUGUAAAUAAUACAGUACAAUUAUUACGAAUACUUGUUAAA